CAAAGUGGCCACACUAAUAGAAACAGGUUAAAGCCUUAUUACAUUUCCACUUUGAAGGUAUGAGUCUCUUUCAAUUCUACCUUCUUGCUACAUCUUGCAUUGUAAUAUGCCAUAUCUUUCACCUCAAAACUUGAACUUUUCCUUUCUACAUUUUAUAUUUCAAUUUUCUCUCUCUCUCUCUCUCUCUCUCUCAAGUCUGACAUAUUUAUAUUAAUGCUUCCCUUACACCAGCAGGACUUGAAUCUCUCUUUUCGAGCUGUAAACUUGGAUAUGUCAGCUAGCUCUUCACAGCUGGUGAUCACUCAAUCUGUGCCCAAUGGAAAAGUAAUGGCUCCUGCUUCUCUGCCUUCACUGUCAACCUCCUCUAUGGUGAUAUCUGCUUCAGCCCACAUCUCCUAUCCUAUCUCCCCAAUGCAUGCAAGGUCUCGUUCCCGCUCCAGCAGCAUUGAUCUCAUAGGCUAUAAUAUGGGAACUACCAAGGAGACCUGGAUGGCACUCAGUACAGAUGAUGAACUCUUGCUUCUCCCAUCUCCCAGAAAAACUCUUGGGCGGACCACUCAGUUCAGGAAAACUUAUCAGCCACCUGGCCAACGAGCAGAAACACCAAGCGACUUGGGGCAAUCAUUGAAAGAGCUUCUGGAGAUUGAACCAGCUCCAGUGGGUGCAAUUCGAGGUGGUCUGUCUAUAGGUGUGGAUGGAGGAAAUAUAUUCCUGCAAGAAAUACACAAAGCAGCAAAUAGGGACAAACAAGAAGGGUCUAAGGAGGCACUGUGGUUCUCAUAUAUUCGACCACAACGGGCCCCAGCUGCUGAGUAUCUGCAAAGGUUGGAGGCAUGGUUUGGACUUGGAGACCCCCUCCGUGGUGAAGAAUUUAUUGAGAUGGAGGAAGGGAGUGAAUAUGGGGAGAAGGAAGCAGUCGACAUUGUGCAAGCAAUGAAUGAUCAAGCCCGGAGAUGGAUUUCUCAAAUUCAAGUAGUCGCCAAGGGGAAAAGGACCCUUACUCGGGAUGACUUGAAAGCACUUUCAGACUCGUUGCACGAGAUUGCAUACAUGUCAUCAGAUGUCGCAAAGGCAAUCCAGGCUCAACUCCCAAUACUGCGACAGAGUUUAGAACAUCUUGCAAUGGUCGAGAUACCAUCGGACCAGGGCGACUUCAAGAUUGGCAUAUGGGCUAGAAACUUGGUCAAGAAUUGGCCGAAAUAA